GUUACACUUCGGUCCGCCAUUUUGUUUUUUAGCAGGAGGAUGUUCCGGGGUUUCUCCGCAGACUCGGCUUUGUUUCUGGCGGUUCUUGUGGGGCUGAUUAAAGCCCAGUCUGUCACGAGCCCUUUAGGCGGGAGACAGCGGUGGACCACUAGUGUGUCAUUUUCAAAAUGUCACCAAAUAUUACAUUUUGGGAAUCACCAGCUCUUCUACUGCCUGUGGCAUUCCAAAACAUCCUGGAAUCUAUGUCCGUGUAGUCAACUACAGAAGUUGGAUAGAUUCAUAUCUAUAUGGUAAAACAAGUACUAUCAGCAUUCAGUGUGGCCUCACCCUUUGGGCUGCGGAAUGGAAUGUGGAACAAGGCCCGUUGUGGAUGAAAUAGCAACAGGGAGUCGGAUUAUUGGUGGACAUGAUGCUCAGCUUGGGGCCUGGCCCUGGCAAGUUAGCCUUCAGCUUUAUAAUUUCGGUGUAGGCUAUGUCCAUGUGUGUGGUGGUUCCUUAAUUAAUCACAACUCGGUGCUAACAGCGGCACACUGUGUUAAAAAAUCGGAUCCUGGGUUUUGGAACGCUGUGAUUGGAAUGCAUCAUCUUUAUAGAUACCAAGCACAUACAAGAAAGAGCCGGGUCAGAGCUAUCCUUGUCCACUCUAAUUUUGACCAUUCUACGUUUAAAAAUGAUGUUGCUUUGUUCAAAUUAAUAGAUUCUAUCAAAUUCAAUGAAUAUAUUCAACCUGUCUGCUUACCUAAUGGUCCUCUUCCUGUAACCAAUGAGACCCCAUGUUACAUAAGUGGAUGGGGAAACACAGUGGAGAAAGGUAGACUCAGAGAUGUCUUACAAGAAGCACAAGUAGAUAUUUUUCCGUCAGUACUCUGUAACCAAAUUGACUGGUAUGCAGGGAUAGUAACAAAGGAUAUGUUUUGUGCAGGUGCAGAAAGUGGAGGUAUUGAUAGUUGUCAGGGAGACAGCGGUGGACCUUUAACGUGCUAUUUCCCAGAUGCCACCAAAUACUAUCUAGUGGGAAUUACAAGCUUUGGCCUUGGUUGUGGUCGGCCAAAACUUCCAGGAAUCUAUACACUAACAGCUCAUUACAGAACUUGGAUAAAUUCUCAAAUUUUUUUGUUUGACAGAGCUAUUGAUAGAAGUAUUUCACAUGUUCUCAUUAUUUGGACUCUGUGGUGGUUAACCUUACAUAAUGUCCUGUGAAAAAGAAACCUUUUAUUUCCCUGUUCUUGUAUAAUUAUAAUAUUAUUAUACUGUUUUAAAAUAAAAUAUAUUUUUCAAUUCAAUGCAGAUAA